AUGACGUCCGUCUCCUCGAGGGGCAGGACGCCUCAUUCACCCUACGAGUCCUCGGCCGAAACGGACGAUUCGUGGCAGCACCUCGACUACAACUCUUAUGCGCCAUCAUCAGUCGGCUUCCUGCCCAGUCCGGCCAGCGGCAGCCUCAACGGCUACGCCGUCGUUGGCUUUGCCGGCUCCGACCAUUCGGGCCUGUCUCCGCUAAACCUCGACAUCGAUCAAGGCCCCUUCUCCGCCGCCGGCUUCCCGGACCAGAACGAGGCCUUUGCACCGGGUCCAUCGCCGGAUGCCCAGUUCAACGCCGCCGCGCAGGAUCCCGAUACCCUGACGCCUCAGCAAUUCCUGUUUUCGGAGGCACAGCUUAAUGAGAUGACAGCCUCCCUUAUCAACUCAUUCCAGCCCAAUGUUCCCCUUACGGGCCUAGAGACAUUUCCCCAACAUCAACAGCAACAGCAACAGCAAGAUAUCGGCCUCGAUCUGAGUCUUUCACAACAAUUUCAAAAUGCUGACCAGAGCCCGUGGAGCCCGAACAAUCUCAAGGUUGACAAUGACAAUUUCGUCAUGGAGGACUUCUCGUCAUCGCAGGGUUCGGCGUCCACCAGCCCGAACCGCUCGAACCCAACCUCCCCGGAUCUCAAGCACGAGGGCGACAAGGCCUCGUCAUCCAGUCCCAUCCGCAAGGUCAUGACCGGCAAAGUCGAGAAGAAGAAGGCAACCGACUCCGCGAGCAAAUUCGUCAUCGUUACCCCCAACUCGAUUACCGCCCGUGCCGGUCAGGCGAAUCUCUACGAGUGCUUCGAGAACAUGCGUACGAACCCUCGCGGCCGCAAGGGACCUCUCGCCGAUGCCACUAAGCAAAACGCUCUGCAGGUCCGCCGUCUGGGGGCCUGCUUCUGCUGCCACAGCCGCAAGGUCAAGUGCGACAAGGAGCGACCGUGCAAGAACUGCAAGAAGCUCGCGGCCCAGGUCCCGCAGGUCAUCUGUUGGCAAUUCUCCGACUUCUUGACCGUGCUGUUUCCCGACUUCAUGCGCGCCCACUUCCGCAAGGACCAGAUGUCACGGUUCAUGAAGGAGAACGUCGACCUCAAGGGCAUGGGCGAGCCGAUGUCGAGGGAAGUUGAGCUCUUCUCUGGGCUGACACCGGUUCUGAAGGUGCGGGCUCAGUUCUUCAAGCCCAUCACCUCAGACGUGACGCAGCACUACCAUCUCUAUGUUGCACAGGACAGGGUCGAUCUUCAAGCCAGAGGCACAGCACCCAUGGUCCUGGAGUUGGACACUGCUGCCCAGAGGGACGCGUUGAAGAAGAAGGCAAAGGAGUACGUUGCCGCCAUUUCUUCUGAGCCCGGGUACGCGCAACGCGUGACGCAGUCUAUACGGCAUACCGACCUGCCGCAGAAGGUUCUCGCCGUUGUGCAAGACUACGCCAACAAGUCCGAUUCUUCUAUGGUCAAGAAGGCCCUCGCGAUAUAUAGCGCCCAUUUCAUCAUGACCCGCCACCUCUGCAUUACCCGGCCUAGCGUCAUGAGCCUGCAGGACUCCAACCUGGUUCCGCAGGAAGUGCCGUGGGUGACGCCGCGCGUGGUCAACAGGCAGAUCAAGGCCGUCAUCGACGAGCUGUUGAUGCGAGAUAUGCAACACCUUUUCGAGUCCUUCUCCAAAUCCCUCAAGCCCAAGUCGCGGCGGGAGUGGGCGCCGUGCACAGCGGCGUUCCUCGUCCUCUGCUUAUUCAUGGAGUCCGUCGAGACGGCGGCCGACAACUUCGUGGUCGCCCUCAACGAGAUUAGCAUGCGCAACCGCACGCCGCCGGAGUACAAGCGCGAAGAUGCUCUCAGCAUCAACAGGGAGGUGGAGAACCUGCCGUUCAAGCAGUUCGCGUACCAGUUCCACCAGAUCUACCAGACGCACAGCCGCGACUCGUCGACGAAGCCGUUCAACCCUUUCAUCGACAACGUCUGGGCUGAGCAGGGCGAGCUGGAUGCUCCGGCGGUGGAGAUGGUCGUACGCCUGAGGGACCUAAUCCAAGGCGAAAAUUACAUUGAGCUCGAUUUCUUGACCAUGGACCCGAUCCUCCCCAACGGCAACGGCGAAGCGCACCCUUUCCCUCGCGACGUCUCCGUAAACUACACUGGUCGCAUGGUAGCCAAGUUUCUCCUGUCCUUCUUGGACGAGAAGUACAUUUUCAGCGAGAGCACAUUUUAA